AAACGUGAUACCACACACCACUUUCGGAACUCCUGCCGAAUGAUUCCUAGCUAUUUUGAUUCUACUUACACUUGAUCGCGAACAUUUACUUCCAUAUCAUUUAUUUAUUUGGUAUAAAAGUGGUACUUUCUCUAGCUCGUGAAUAUAAACGUUUAGACCAUCGCUGCUCAGGAGACGUUUAUACGUCUCCUGGGUGGCAGCAUUGAGUGUGUUUGUUUUUAAAAGAAGAUAGGUUAGUUUGGAUAUAGUUUCCUUGAAGUCGUUUCCCAGCACAUAGUAAAGCAAAAAAUAUGCUCGAAAGAAAUAAAAAAGUAAUAACUUAACCAAUGAAGCACUUAUUUCUUGGUAUAGCUCAAAUAACGUCGAUCAAUUUAUGUUUAGUUCGUUUACACAAAUAAGUAAAACUUCCCAGAGAUCAUAAUGAAAAUUGCGGUAGAAGGUUGUGCUCAUGGUGAACUUGAGAAAAUAUAUGACACUAUUGCAUACUUGGAACAGAAAGAAGGUGUCAAAGUUGACCUGUUAAUUUGCUGCGGAGACUUUCAGUCAACUCGCAACACUCAGGACUUAGAAUGUAUGGCAGUGCCAAUCAAGUAUCGAGAUAUUUGUACAUUUUAUAAAUAUUAUUCAGGAGAAAAAAUUGCCCCAAUUUUAACAAUUUUCAUCGGAGGAAAUCAUGAAGCCUCAAAUUAUUUGAGUGAAUUGGCUUAUGGAGGAUGGGUAGCUCCAAACAUUUAUUAUUUGGGCUAUGCAGGUGUCAUUCAGGUUGCUGGGAUUCGCAUUGCUGGUCUCUCAGGAAUCUUCAAAGGACGAGAUUUCAAAAUGGGUCACUUUGAAAAAGCACCAUUUUCUAGCUCUUCAAUGAGAAGUGUCUAUCACAUCCGCAACUUGGAAGUGUUUCGUCUGAAGCAGAUUUCAGGCAAACUUGAUAUUGCCUUAUCACAUGACUGGCCCCGUGGUGUUUGUCAUCAUGGGAAUAUGAAGCAGCUCCUAAGAUUCAAACCCUUUUUUGAAGAGGAUAUAAAAAAUAACAUUCUUGGAAGUCAGCCAGCUGAAGAGCUUCUCAACCUCUUGAAACCAACCUACUGGUUUUCUGCACACUUACAUUGUAAAUUCUCAGCAUUGAUUCGUCAUAUUUCAGAGGAUGACGCUGACACUACUUCUACUAAAUUUCUAGCCCUCGACAAAUGUCUCCCGAAGAGGCGUUUCCUGCAAAUUCUUAAUAUUCCCCAUGAUGAGGAUAAAGAAAUUGCAUUAGAAUAUGAUUUAGAAUGGCUUUCAAUUCUUUCACUUACAAACCAUCUUUUAUCAGUAAAACAAACACAAAACUAUAUGCCUGGACCAGGUGGCAAUGGACGAUGGAUGUUUACACCGACAAAAGAAGAGAAGGAUCUUAUUCUUAAAAAGUUUGCAGAUAAUCUCAAAAUACCAACAAAUUUUAUUCGCACAGUGCAAGCAUAUGACUCAUCAAGCAGCUCGGGACAUGAGCAUGGACAUGGACAACCAACAGCUCAACUGAAUCCCCAAACUACAUUUUUUUGUGAUCUCCUUGGAAUUGAUGACCCUAUUGCUCUACUACUUAAAGAAGAAGGAAAUUUUCAAUCUGUAGAACUUCCUCUCUACUCAACCAAUGCUGUAUCCUGUUUAAACCAACCUGUUCCCCACAAUACUUUACCCGAAGUGGAAAGAAUUGGAGGUGAUGACUCAGAUCGCAUUGAAGCUGCAUCUUCAAAACCAACACUCCACGGGAUGAAAUUACCUAGCCCUAAGUUAUCGGGCCUAGUUUUACCUCCUCCAACACACAAGGAAGAAGAUUUGCCAUUAGAAGAUAGUCUCAAUGAAUUUGAUACUGUACAAGAAAAAGAAAGUAGACUGAAUCCAGAACCAUCUGCUGAGAACCCUAUAAUUGAAUCAAGGACACCAGCCGAAUCUGAUGUUGUGAACUCUGGUCAGGGGCCACUUGCAAAGAAAUUCAAGAGAAGAAAUCAAGCAUUAUACUCAUCUACUGACAAUGAUGAUGUUUAACUGUACCUGUAUCAAAAUGCUAAAAUAUACAUUUUCCACUCUUAACUCGAUUGAA